UGCUCAACAAAACGUGACAUCAAAAGUUAAUAAUAUAUGUGAUGCUGUGAGAGCAGUAUUGGAAACUUUAGAUUCAAAGAAAUAUCUUCAAUCAAUCAUAACAACAUAUGUACGUCACACACCGCCUGAUUUGGAACCUGCAUUAAAUUUAAUUGCAAAAAUAAAAGAUCAAGAUAUGAAUCUUUCUGAGGAGGCAAUUAAGUUUACAAUAUUUUUGAUUGAUGCGGAUCGUUUAUUUGAUGUUGCAUUGGGGAUGUAUGAUUUUAAUCUCGUUAUCAUGGUUGCUCAACAUUCUCAAAGGGAUCCAAGGGAAUAUUUAACUUUUUUAGCAGAAUUGGAAAAAUACCCAAAAUAUUAUCAAAGAUUUAAAAUUGAUCAUCAUUUAAAAAGAUACGAAAAGGCUUUGGAUAAUUUAAGUUUAGCUGGAGAUGAGUAUUUUGAUGAACUUUUAAAGUAUACUCAACAAUACAAUCUUUAUAAUUUUGCCGUUAAAUUAUUUUCAAAUAAUAAUGAUAAUAAGGAAAAAUACAAGAGAGUUAUGAGGAUUUACGGAGAAUAUUUAUUUAAUGAAUCAGAUUUUAAAGAAGCAGGUUUAGCCUAUUUAUUAUCUGAUGACAAAGUUAAUGCGCUUGAAGCAUAUAAAAAAUGUGGAUUUUGGCGUGAAUCAUUUUCUAUAGCAUAUGAGUUAAAAUAUUCAGAAAAUGAAUUAUUUUCAUUGGCCAAAGAAUUUUCAGAAAUUUUAUCGGAAAAAAGAAGAUAUCAAGAAGCAGCACAGAUUUUAUUAGAUUAUGCAAAGCAAACUGAAGAAGCAAUAUUAUUGUUUAAUAAAGGUCAUCAUUGGUCUGAGGCUAUGCGUAUCUCACAUAUGUAUAAUCGUAUAGAUCUUAUUGAAACUGAUAUAAAACCAAGUGUGAUCGAAGGGUUUAAUAAUUUAUUACAAGAUGUUAAUUCUAUGCUAGAUCAAUUGAACCAUCAGACUGCUCGAUUAAAAGAAAUAAGAAUAACCAAACUUAAUCAAUCAGUGGAUCAAUUUUACGGUGAAGAAGUUUUAGAAGUUUCAGAUAAUGUUGAUGUGUUAUCUGAUACAAGUUCAAUGGUGAGUGGAUUUUCUCGAUAUACACAAUCAAUAACACAAUUAAGCGUUAAUACUAAUAAAAGCGGAAAAAGCGCAAAAAGUAGACGUAGAGCUGAAAGAAAACGUGCUAGAGGUAAAAAAGGAAGUAUAUAUGAAGAAGAAUAUCUUAUUGAUUCUUUGAAAAGAUUAAUUGAAAGGUUUAACAAUACCCAAG